AUGGCCACCAAAAGUCGAAGAUUUGGUUACCAAACUGAACGGUUGUUAGUUGCUGCUGGCUUCUCCCGCCACUGUCUCUACACCAAGAUGGCCACACUAUUUGUUAUUCAGCCAAAAUUUCCACUUUUCAACUCUCUCUUUUCCUCCUCAAGUCAUAACCAGGGAUGGAAAUUUAGGCCUUUCACCAUGCAGAAGUUCAGCCCGGUUUUACCAAAAUCUUUAAUAGAGUCAAAGAGGAGUGGAUUAAUUUCUGGUUAUACCGGAGCUGAGAGUUGGUUAGUCACUCAAGAUCCAGAGGAAUCAUUUAAAAAGACUGUAGAAGUGGAUAGGCUGAUAGAUAUGCUGAGGGAUGCAAAUCCAAGAGAACUGCAGAAGCUUGUUGUUGAAAAUGUCCUUGCUUUCAAUGAGGGUUUUUGGAUACGACUUGCUGCCAGAACUGAUACCUGCAAAUCAGAGGAUGAUAAAGCAUGGUUUUUGACUUAUUAUGAGGAGUUGGCAAAAUCUGUGAUGAGCAUAGUGGAUAUUCUGGUCCAUAAGACCAAAGAAAAGAUUGAGUCAGCUACUGAUAUUCUCAAGGCAAUUUUAAAACCUGUAGUUGAUGAAGAGGAAGAGAUUUGCUGGCCUCCUAGAGAUCCUGAGGCUCUCAAACUAAUGGAGAAAGAUAUAGCUCAAAGGGAGCAAGAAGGGCAACUAGAUGAAGGGUUCCUUUCAGAAGUCAGUGCACAACUACGACAAGCAAAAGAAGAUGGGGACAAGCCAGGGCUUGAGGCCAUGUUGCAAAAGGUUCUGCAACUCUAUGCUUCCAGUAUUCUGUCUAAACGUAGUUAUGCAAAGAAAGGAGAGGAAGUUUUGAAGGCUGAGCAGUUUCUGGAAACCAUAAUCAAAGCUCCCGAAGAAGAAUGGAAUAAGCUUUUGCUCAAUGGAAUGACUGUUGGCAAAGGGGAAAUCUUUCCCGAGGAACUCUAUGCUGUCAUCAAGAAACGAAUCGAGAGGACAUUGAUCCGAACAGAAGGAGGUUCAUACCAGCAACGCAUUCUUACCGAGCAUCUUAAAGGCAUCCAAUCAAGAGCAGAAGAGAUUGUCCAGGUGCUUCAGGGCAAGCCAUAA